GUGCAGGUAUGGCGGGUGGAGCCACACGAAAUUCUAGGAAGUCAAGAAAGCGGAAGAAUUCAGAGGACAGCACAUCGGCCGCACCUUCAAGAACGUUGAAGCAGUACUCCAUUGACGAAAAGCUCGAGAUCAUAGAAUUUGCCAAAGGAAAUGGUAAUAGAGCAGCUGGUCGUGAGUACAAUGUAGCAGAGAGCUCCAUCCGAGAAUGGCGAAAGAAUGAGGAGAAGCUGAGGUCCGUCAAUUCUGGAGAAGCGGAACGACAGCGACAGAGUGAAGUACUGCGCAAAGUGUCUGCUGGGCCUAUGGAGUGUACACCAAAUAGCAAGGGCCUGGAAUUCGUGCAAGUAUCUCUAAGCACUCCGCUCACUGCAGGGGUGGCACAGAGCAAUGGUCCCACUGUCGUACCCACGGAACCGAAGGACAUGACGUCGACUGCAUCGUCGUCAUCAGACUCCCACUCAAACUCUCCCGUAUCCACCACUGCUUCUUCGUCUUCGCGAAGAAAGACCAAAGCUCCCCGUAAGAUGGUUAUUGAAUCCUGAAGCGCUCCCCUCUUCACCUGUAAACUAUCCCGGUGAUUCGCAUAUUUCCUCAUUUGCGUUUUUUAAUUGCUUAAAUGUGAUUUUUGUGUUUUUUUGUAGCUUCCGCUCAAUUCCAAAUUCUAAUGCCUUUUGGGCCCUAUAAGAGCUACACAUCUUCUGAGGCACAAUUUUUUCCAUAUCAUCAAAUGCUGUUAUUCGAGAAAUCUAUCUAUCAGUCUGUGUCUGUAAGCUGCAAUGUUCUGCAAUGUGCAAUUGAUCCUUCUUUCAUCUUGCCGUAAAAUUAGUAGCGCGAACAGUUCGUCGUCAAUUUUGGAUCGUUUUGCCUCGUCUCCUUGCCAUUCGUCGUGAUUCUUUCCAGCACCAAAGCCGCCUCUCUUCCUAUUGUUUCCUCUUUCCGUGCAGUUGCAAUUCAUGUGAUCUCUUCCUGUGCCUAUGUUUCAAGCCCAGGCUACUCUUUUCUCUCUUUGGGCAUCAACGAAUUCUAUCUGCACUAGUGGUAAAAGCAUGGUAGUAAAUGUUUCUCUCACAUCC